AUAUGGGUGAUUAUUCUGGUGUUACAAUUGCACUAUUAGUAGGCCAAAGUGCAUGGUUAGUUUUGUAUCUUGCUUCAGUUUUCCCGAUUCUAUCAACGGCACCGUGUUUAUUGGGUUAUGCUUCCUAUAUUUCACUGCUUUUUUUAUUUACCAAGAUUCUACCUCCAAAAAAGAAAAAUGAAAACCCAGAAAAGUGCAAAAGAGGUGGCUUGUAUUAUGUGUGCUGUCUCUUUACAUGGUGCACUGUAACUGAUUUGAUAUUCUAUCUUGAAGUGAUUGGCAUGGUUGAUGGUUUCAUUGGAUUUUAUUUAAAAAAUGGUGAACCAUAUUUAGAUAGUUCAUUUGGAACAGUUGCCUUGUUGUGGGAUCCGCUUGGAAACCUCAUUGUUUAUUUGAUCAUAAUAUACAGAAUAGAUAAUAACCUUGAUUGCCGAAACGCUGUGUUGUAUUUUUCUGGAACGCUGAUUACUUCUCUCUUCUGCCUCCUAGUGGGUGGAGUUAGCGGGACUCACGGUAAACAAUUAUAUCCAUCUACGUGGCUUAAUGUUCCAUAUGUCGUGGCCCCUAUUUAUUAUUUGCUUGAGUUCGUUUCCAAACCAAGACAAUUCUCAAAAGAAACAAUCACAAAAGUAUCAACUGAAUAUAAAAUCUCGGACAUUUUACUUAGUCUUGGAUUGUUUGCUACUUUUGUGUUUGGAAUAAUACGUGGUUUAUCUGCAUUUGGAUCCCCAAUGUAUCUCGCGAAUGUUUAUUCCAAGGAUUUUGAACCAUAUUUAAUGGACCCAAGCAAGUUUGGAGCUGUAUGGGUUAUUUAUUUCAUGAUUAUCGGAUCAAUUUUACAGAUAUCAAUUGUUUUUGGUUUAUUUAAUCCUGGAUCAAGUUGGGUUCUUGAUCUGAGUAUAAUCUAUGCUGCAAUCACUAUUCAUGGAACCUUCAUACACCUCAUACCUCAGUUCUGUGAAGGAGUUUUGCCCAAGUAUCACAUUCCACCAGGCGCACAGUGGUUGGUUGUCCUUGGCAACUUGUUUAUUCCCAUCGUUGCUGUUUCUGUGGUGAUCAGAUGUUUUAAAGAACAAAGCUAUUUUAAAUCGCCCGAUCACAAACAAGAAUAAGUUUGGAAAUUUAUUUUUUCGGCGAAUCUGGCAUAGUAGGGUGGGGUAAGAUGAGACACGUUUUCUUUCUCUUUGAUCAUCUCAUUUGGUAGUAAACAAAUAAUAUUAAGAGUAUUAUAUAGUCUUAUAUCCUAACUUAAAAAAAGCGUUGUUAAUUGUUAAAUAUGCAAUCCGAAAAUAUGGGAUUUACGUAAAAAAGGUUUCCCAUCUUACCCCACAGUACUGUAGAUCUAAAAGUCGUUUGUUUUUGGUCUGCCAUUCGACAAGACUCUGUCAUAGGUUAAAGUGAAAAUAAGUUAGAUACCUCAUGCGAUGUACAUAUAAGAAUUAUUUAACACUGAAGUUAUAUAAGGUAAGACGCCACACAUUUAGUGCACAAUAUCCAAAUAUACUGAUUGUGUUUUAAUCAAUUACUAGCGGUGUUUGCCCUAUGGGAGUUGUUUGCGUACGAAUAUAUAGUUCAAUAAGUAUUCUUUAUUUACUAUCAAAUGGGACAAGGAAAUCAGAUCAUGUCCCGUCUUACCCCACCCUACUAUAUAGAAGUUCUUGUUUAUAGAGAGUUUGAACCACUAUUGUGUUUUACUGUGUUGGUUAUAGCUAUCAUAGAUAUUAUAACUCUUCAUAUUCUGUUUAAAACUCAUAUUCACAAAUCACUACCUUAUAUAUUCAACUCACUUUUAGGUUUGUACUAAUCAAGAAAAUAAUAAAUCUAUAAAAAAA